CCGGCCCCGCCCGAGAGUCUCCACCAACUUCUGCUCGGAAACUCCACUCUGCCCCUUCUUUUGGCCCAGGGCGACCUCGGGAGCCCUGACAGCACAGACCCUCCGGAGUACCCAGAAAGGGCCCCAGGGUGGUCAGGCGCCUCCCUGGCUCUUUCUGGAUGGAGGCGCCUCCGGAAGGACCCGGCUGAAUGCUUUGGCCUUCACCUGGCGGCCUCUGCUGACCACACCUCCCCGAGUGCAGAGGCUGCCUGGGAGCAGAAAAUGCUGCACCAGCUGGCUCCCAGCGAUCCCAGUCUGACUGCCAGGAUGGAGCUGGGGCCAGCAACCGAAACCUUUGUGUUGGAGCUGAGAUGUCUUGAGGAUGGGGGUCCAGCGCCCGACACCUUCUCAGGUGGCAGCGGCGGGAACGAGAGUCAGGAGGAGGAAGAGGCUCAGGAAGGGAGCAGCAGCCCACAACAGCCAGCAGUCUCAGUGCCCAUAGCAGCCAAUGAAAUCACUGAGGAAGCCCAGCUGGGACAACACGAGUUGCAACUGCAGCAGUUAGAACAGCAGCGAGAGAUGCAGCAACAGCCACAGCAUGAGCAGCUGCAACAGCAGCAACCACAAAACCAACUAUUGGGACAUCAGCCAGCAUUGCAACAGCAGCAGCAGUCUCAACUACAACAGGAAUUACAGGAAAAUCACCAGUCAAUACAACAUCAGGAACUGAAACCACAACUGCAGCUAAUGCAACAGCAGGAACAGUUACAACAACAGGAAGUGCAAGAGCAACAGCUGUUGCAGCAGCAGCAACAGCAGGAACAGUUACAGCAGCAGCAAGUGCAAGAGCAACAGCUGUUGCACCAACAGCAGAUACAGCAGCAGCAGGAACAGUUACAUCAGCGGCAAGUGCAAGAGCAACAGCUGUUGCAGCAGCAGCAGCAGGAACAGUUACAUCAGCGGCAAGUGCAAGAGCAACAGCUGUUGCAGCAGCAGCAGCAGGAACAGUUACAUCAGCGGCAAGAACAAUUACAGCAGCAACAGUUCCAACAGCAACAGCAGUUACUGUUGCUGCAGCAGCAGGAACAAUUACAACAGCAGCAGCAAGCACAAUUACAGCAGCAGUUGCUGCAGCAGCAGCAAGCACAGUUACAGCAGCAGCUAUUGCUGCAGCAGCAGGAACAGUUGCAGCAGCAACAACAGCAACAGCUGUUGCAGCAGCAGCAGGAACAGUUGCAACAGCAGCAGCUGCAGCCUCAUCCACUGGAGCCAGAGGAGGAGGAAGAGGUGGAGUUGGAGCUUAUGCCAGUGGACCUGGGGUCCGAGCAGGAACUGGAGCAGCAGCGGCAGGAGCUGGAGCGGCAGCAGGAGCUGGAGCGGCAGCAGGAGCAGCGGCAGCUGCAGCUCAAACUGCAGGAGCAGCUGCAGCAGCUGGAGCAGCAGCUGGAGCAGCAGCAGCUGGAGCAGCAGCAGCUGGAGCAGCAGGAGGUGCAGCUGGAGCUGACCCCCGUGGAGCUGGGUGCCCAGCAGCAGGAGGUGCAGCUGGAGCUGACCCCUGUGCAGCCAGAGCUGCAGCUGGAGCUGGUGCCUGCCGGAGGGGGUGGUGGGGCAGCGGUCCCGGGGGCUCCGGCUGCAGUCGUGGUGGCCCCCCCGGGCUAUGUGGUGCUGCAGGAGCUCAUGGUGCUGCCCGCCGUGGCCCUCCACAUGGAGCUCUCAAUCCCUGGCCAAGCCGGCAACUCCUGUUUUCUCCCUUCAAGAGAGAGAGAGAGAGAGAGAGAGAGAGAGAGACCCUUCGGCUGUGACGAGUGCGGCAAGGGUUUCGUGUACCGCUCGCACCUGGCCAUCCACCAGCGCACGCACACGGGCGAGAAGCCCUUCCCCUGCCCGGACUGCGGCAAGCGCUUCGUCUACAAGUCGCACCUGGUCACACACCGGCGCAUCCACACAGGCGAGCGGCCCUACCGCUGCGCUUUCUGCGGCGCGGGCUUCGGGCGCCGCUCCUACCUGGUGACGCACCAGCGCACACACACGGGCGAGCGGCCCUACCCGUGCCCGCACUGCGGCCGCAGCUUCAGCCAGAGCUCGGCGCUCGCGCGCCACCAGAGAAUACAUACAGGGAAGAAACCAUAUGAAUGUAAAGAAUGUGGGAAAGCCUUCUUCCAGAAUCCUGACAAGCAUCUGGCCAACAAGUCUAUGUGUGAGUAUGUGCAUGUUUCUGAGGAGAGGGCUCAUCAACCCCCAAAAGUCAAGAACCACCACUCAGAUGAGACCACUGGAAUUCUUCAAGUCCUGGACCACCUCCCAACUCCAGGUCACUACUCUUGUACUGUCCUUGGACGCAAGUAG